CCCGCGCCGGGCGGGGAGGGGAAGGGGGAGCGGCGCGGCGCGCGAGGCCUGCCGGGAAGUCGCUCCCCUCUCCUCUCCGCUUCUUCCUCCCGGCCCGUCGAGGCGACGGAGCGCGCGUGCGCCUGUGGGAGAGAAUCGUUUCCACUCCCUGAAGAGUGCAAAGCCUGGACAAGCAGUGUGCACUUCAGCAGCGCUUACUGACAUCCCUGACUCAUCCGUCUGAGGGAACCAACAAGAGGGCACUUCUCUUCUUGACAUAAAGAGUCUUCACUCUGUCUAGGAGGUGUCCUACACAAGAGCAGAUAAAAAAGGAAUUUUCAGAGUAAGAGGGAUAAAAGCUUUCUUGCAGAUGUAUGGUAGUGCAAAGGAAGAGCUCUCCUUGAUAGCUGAUGCAUCCUCUGGUAUUUUCUCUUAUCUACUCUUCCAUUUCAAAUAUAUUACCUGUGUAAAUAGCUGUGUGUAGAGGACAGUAAAGGGAAGAAGAGGAUUAAAGUUAUCUUCUCUAACUGGAGUAAACCACAGCAUGAAGUGAUCAUUUUCUUCAAAUAGCAACGAUGUUAACAGAGAUGGCUUUUCUUUCAGAAAAUAACUAGGUGGAUAGUAUUAAUCAGAAAAAUAAUCUUAUAAAUUCCUACAUCCUAUAGAUUCCUACAUUCAAAUUGACUGCUGAACUCAACAAAAAAAAAUGAUAAAAUUUUUUCUUAUGGUGAACAAACAAGGUCAAACUAGGCUCUCCAGGUAUUAUGAGCAUAUAGAAAUUCAUAAGCGGACAAUGUUGGAAGCUGAAGUAAUCAAAAACUGUCUCUCUCGUUCAAAGGAUCAAUGCUCUUUCAUUGAGUAUAAGGACUUUAAGUUGGUAUACCGACAGUAUGCAGCCCUUUUCGUAGUCGUUGGAAUCAAUGAGACAGAGAAUGAGAUGGCAGUAUAUGAACUAAUUCAUAAUUUUGUGGAGGUUCUGGACAAAUACUUCAGCAGAGUGAGUGAAUUAGAUGUAUCCUUUUUGAUCAUGUUCAAUUUGGAUAGAGUGCACAUCAUACUGGAUGAAAUGGUGCUAAAUGGCUGCAUUGUGGAAACAAACCCCAGCAGAAUUCUUGCGCCGCUGUUUGUGCUCGACAAAGUGGCGGAGAGCUAGGAAGAUGCAAGACAGACUGAGGCAUUUAACAAAAGAUGGUGAAAUCCUCUAAAGCAUACCAACAAGCAAUCCUCUCAUUUUGCAAGACCAACUCGUGCAAUAUUUAAAUCAGCUGAAAAAUAUUUCCUGCUUCUCCUGUACCCUGAAAAAGACACAGAACCACAAAGUGGAAACUUUAUUUUCAGACUUGCUAAGGACACAGCAGAAGCCUUUCUAGAAAAAGAAGCUUCUCAAGAAUUGUUUUUUCUUUCAAACAAACUAAGAAUAAAGCAAUGGAAACUUA